AUGUCGCGCAUCACUCCCACCAGCUCGGUCGGCAACACCGCUCUCGCGUACGCCCGCGCCUGGCGAGGAGUCGACGCCGACGGCCAGGUCCUCGGCCGCCUCGCAACCCGGAUAGCCAUCGUCCUCAUGGGCAAGCACAAGCCCAUCUACGACCCGGCCAACGACUGCGGCGACUAUGUCGUCGUCAAGAACGCCAAGAAGGUCCGCGUCACGGGCCGCAAGGCAGAGCAGAAGCUGUACCGCCACCACACCCAGUUCCCCGGCGGCCUCAAGGAGAUCCCCUACGCGACCAUGCUCGAGCGCAAGCCCGAGGAGAUCAUCCGGCGAGCCGUGUCGGGCAUGCUGCCCAAGAACCGCCUGCGCGCAAAACGGCUCGAGCGCCUCCUCAUCUUUGCCGACGCCGACACGCCGCACGAGCAGAACCUCCUCAAGGACCAUGCGGCCGAGUUUGGCAAGACGUUCAAGCGCGAGCGCGCAAGGAAGGUUGAGCAGCUCGCGGCGCAUGUCAAGGACGCGGCCGUCGCCGAGCAGCAGUAGACGGGGUGGGCUCCUCUCGACGGGCGUGUCGCCCAGGUCGCGUGUAUUGUACCACUCUCGUUCUCUGUCCC